AUGCCGCCUCAUAAGACCGCGCCCGGAACGGGCAAGCACAGACAGAUCCAUGGUGAUCUACACGAAGCGCUCACCAAGAUUGUCGGCAAGACGCUGUAUCUGCCAGAGCCAAUGCUUACUCGAGUGCACGUGUAUGCCACCUUCGCAAGAACUCUCUAUCAACAGCUUCGGAGCGAGGACAAUGAGGCGCUUGACACGAUCGGGUAUCAUGUGAUGGCGGCGUAUGAGUUGUUGGCCACUGCUGAGCUAGCGGAUGAAGAGGACGAGGACGUUGAGGAUGCUGUGGUCAAUGCGCUUCAGCCAUCUGCUCCGAAGAAGCGAGGUCGAGACAGCAAACAGACCAGGGCCGAGACGGUGGCAGCAUCACCGAAGAGUGGGCGAGGCCGCGCUAGGGCAGCUGGCACUGGGUCAGAGCACACGAAAAGUUACGAGGACAUUUUGGAGGUAUUCCCUAAAGACAAGCAACGCCAGCCGAAGAAAGCACCCAUCGUCAAUGAUGAAGAUGGACAAGCAGAAGGCGAUGCGCCCCUUUGGAAGGCACUCCUUAAACAGAAGCGACGAGACAGGUCCAAGCAAGUGCCUGCUUUGGAGGAAGAGGGCAAAAAUGAAGCAGGAGCUGGAGACGCUAUCGCUACAGUAUCUCAGCCCAAGCAGAAGAGCCGAAGCGGCUCGAAGCAAGCUCACCUUCCGCCAGUCCAGAACAAAACAGUAGAGGCGGACGAGGCUGAGGAUGAAGAUGAGGCGCCUCUUCUAGUACCUGCCAAGCCUCGUGGCCACGUGGAGUCUGCCUCAACUCCGCAGCAAACUCAGCAACCAGCGAAAUCGACUUCGACCACGCGUUCCUCGGGUAGGAACAAACGCAAGGCUAGCAAUGACAUCGAUGCGGACGCAGACGCGGCUCCUGCUGCGCCGAAGAGGUCGAAGCGGGUCCGCGGAGGUGAUCUCGCCAUCGAUGGCAAUCAAGGCAUGGGCGGGAAGCAGACUCGUGUUCCAGUCACGUUGUAUCAAGCCGCAAACCAGAAGUGGUAUGAGGUUCCUGGAGCUACUGAAUGGCCUGGUUGGGCUAUCGCGGAGACAACCGCUUAG